AUGGCUGCUGCUACUGCUGCUCAUGGAUUCUCUGUUUACGGUAAAUUUGAAUUUGUUAUUGUCAGGUGAUUUGAAUAAGGGCAUGAUCUUGAAGUUCUGGAGAUUUAGCGUAAAGUUUUGACGUAAAAAUUCUUUUUCAAAGCUUAAAAUCGAUAAAAUACGUCAGAGUAUGGAUUUUACGUUAAGAUACCUGCCGGAAUUUCAAGUUUAUCAUGCUUUUGAUCGAAUGUAAUACCUGAAUUUGUUGUUAUUGAUGGAGGAGUUGACCGUGAAGGUCUGGAAUUAAAAAGUUGUAGCGGAAAAUUGGGAGAUUUUGUUCAUUAUCUUAUUAGAGAUUGGUUAAUCGAUAUUGUUUGAAGAAUUUGAAUAUAAGUUCUCAAUAUUGAUAUCAAUCUAUUUUUGUUACCUAAAAUUGAUUUUUUAAGAGAUUCCAAAAACGGUUAGAAACUACGUUUUUGUGUCAUUUAGUGUGUUAAAAUACCAAAGCAUUGAAGAAGUAGGUAGGAUUUGCAUUCGUAGAGUUCUUUCGGCAUUGUAAGCCAGUCUUGUAAAAAUCAAUGCUUUGGUCUUGGAAUUAAUAUGUGCUGGUUAAUCAAGCUGUUGAAACAACACGAGGAAUACUGAAUCAUUGUUAUUUUUGUUGAAUGUUUCAAAACACAAUUUUUAUCGUUUUGAAGCAGAAUUUACGAUAAUAUAGCUGAAAAGCUAAAAAAGACACAAAGAUCUUGUCGCAAGAUACGAUUAAAGCAUUCACUUGCUGUUUUACGUAUUGAACGUUAAAACCUGGUUUUUAAAAUGAAAAAUUGAAUUCCUUGGUUUUGUAGCCAUUUAUGGCAUCAGCCAGCACAAGAUUAAUGUAAAUGUGUUUGUGCGCCUACUAUUGCUCUCCAUAGGUUUCUUUGCUUUUGUAAGACGGGCGCACAAACGGGGUCAUUCGAAUUAUUGGGGUCUUUUGUGAGUGGAGACGCGCAUCGACUGAUGAGAGCCCGUAGACACCGUACUCACCUGUCCGCAUGGGAAACGCGUUAAGGUGAGUGAUCUCGGCUGAAGUCUUUGAAAUGCGAGUUUGGUUCAAAUUCUCUUUGGAUUACUGUUGGUAAAUCAAUAUGAAGUUUUUUUCGUCGAUAAAUUUGACUAAAAUGUUAUUUUCUUGAUGAACUUGCCUGAGAAUGUUAUUCCACUGAUGAAUUUGAGUCAACUUUGCAUCUGAAUGUCUUUAACGCUUUUCUUUGUCUUUAACAGUUCUUUUUCGUGUUUAACAACUUCUGACUUUGGUAGUUGUUAAACUCUUUGUUAACGUCUAUUUGAAGGGGAUUAACUUAUUAAUGUGUCUGUUUUAGUUGGAAACAUUCCAUACAACGCCACUGAGGCUGAAAUCGGAGACUUCUUCAGCACCGCUGGUCAGGUCACUAACGUUCGGUAAGAUUUUGCGUUGUUUUAUUAAUUUAGUUAUUUGAAACGGAUGAAAAUUGGCGUUUUAGACAGUUUUUUGUUUAAUCAGUAUGCUUUUUUACGGUAUAAAUGGCUUCUUUGUUACUUUAUUUUAAGUAGAAAAAGUUCUUUUAAAGUAUCUAGAGCUAAUUUUCUUAUUUUCAGUCUUGUCUACGACAGAAUGACCAACCGCCCAAAGGGAUUCGGUUUCUGCGAGUUCGCUGACCAACAGAGCGCUGAGAAUGCCGUCAACAACUUGAACUCCCAGGACUUCCAAGGCCGUACUCUUCGCGUGAACUACGCCAACAAGUAA